GAAAGGCGGCCAAAAGAGGUGUUGGCUUUGGGGAUGACCAGUGAGAUGAACCUGCAGGAGCGCGUGCUACGGACUGAGCUGAGAGAUCCAACGUGUUGAAGUGAUUUUAACAACCUGAGACAUGGCUUCUACAAGACAAUCUGCUUUAGAGUACAUUACAAAUGGAAGGCAACAUCUCAUUGGAAAGCUCAAGAAUCUGCCCCUCAUUGUGGAAAACCUGUUCCAGCGCAAGGUUCUUAACGAGGAGGAAGUCAGUAAAAUUCAGGCUGAAGUUGACCAUUUUGACCAAACCAGAAAAAUACUGGACUGGGUCUCGGCCAAAGGAGAGGUUGCAUGCUACGAGUUACUGACGAUUCUAGACAUCACAAGGAAGAGGACCUUAGACAACGCUGACUUAAAGCAAUGGAUCAGCUACUUCCCCUUCAAGGACGACCCAGAGAUGACAGACUACUUUGUUGGUUCAAAACCCUGUCACGGAUAUCAGACACAGCUGAAAUGUAAAGCACGGAAGAUCACAGAGGGUGCAUGGAAACAUAGCUGUAGUCUCCUACCAGAUAGAUGUAGAAAUGGGGGGACUUUCUCUUACACCCCUCUUGUGUUAGAUACACAUGUGCAUUCAUCUGACUCUAAAAUUAAAGUGAAAAGCAAAAGAUGCAAGAAAGCUCGGCCUAAAAAACUAAAGAGCUUCAUCCCCUUGGCCAAACAGGAAACAUCCCCUACUGAGCUGCUUAAAACACAUGAAAAAAUCCUCCUGGUUGGAAAACCUGGAAUUGGAAAAACAUCAGUAUCCCAUCAAAUGUUGAACCUCUGGGCAGAGAAAGAUCACAGAGAACUAGAUUACAUGUUUUAUUUUGAGGUGAGAGACAUUUCACACAGAAAACCCAUGAGCCUGGAGGACCUUCUCUUUAACAUGUACAGUGAGCCAAACGAAAGUAAAGAAGAAGUGUUACAGGAUAUUAAGAAGAACUCUGAAAACGUUGUCAUCAUAUUUGAUGGAAUCACAGACCUCUCCUCUCUGUCGGUAGUAAAGGACCUUGUGGAGAACCUCCUCCCUGACGCAAAGAUUGUGACCACAUGCAGACCAGAUCAAUCGGAAGACUUCCUGACAGACUGGCCCACAGACUGGUUCAGAGUGGAGGUGAAAGGGUUCAGCGAUGAAUCCAUCAGGGCUUAUUUAACACAGAUGCUGAGUGCUGAGCCUGACUCCUUGAGCAGUGUGUUAAACAACCUAGAGUUGUUCAGUCUGUGCCAUGUCCCAAUGUACGCACUAAUGGUUGUUGCUUGUAGUUAUUAUUCUACCCUAGCGGAUUCUAAGCAGCCAUGUUCUACAACUAAGAUGUACAUUAACAUCCUCCGUCACUGCAUCCAAAAACACAGUGGCAGACGACGUAAGGAUAUCGACAUUUAUCUCAAAGAAAACAGAGAGAAAAUAUUGUCUUUGGCAGAAAUUGCUUUUGAUGCAACAAAUGAGAAAAACAUGAACUUGACAACACUGAGUUGUGAAGAAGGCAGUGUCCAUUUUGCCUUCUUGGGGGCAUUUAUGGUUAAGGUUGAGCCCACUGCAUCAGACACUUGCUCUGCGUUUCUCCACUACACAAUGCAGGAGUUCUUUGGUGCCCUUUGGCUCUUACAGAAUCCAGACAAAAUCAGAGAGGUUCUCGAGAAGUGCCCGACUGAAGAAUGGAAACACACAAAACACUUAAUUCCUUUCCUGUGUGGGCUUCUGAAUGAGAGGAAUACUAGAUUGGUAAACAGUCUAGUUCCAGCUGAACAGAUCAAGAAGACAUCAGAUUGGUUCUUCAAGGAAGUGGUGAACACAUUUCUUCCAUCUCAAACAAACCAAGAUCAUGCAGAAGGUGGUGCUUCCGAGUCUGAGAAAGAUCUUCUGUUUUUGUGUCAGUGCUUGUAUGAAUAUCAGUCUACUGAGGCCUGUCUGCUUCUCCUGGACAAACUGGACUAUCAUCUAGACCUGAGUGGAGAACAUCUGGAUCCUCACCAGUGCUGUGCAGUCUCUUAUGUGACCAGUCAGUCUGCAGAGAGAAAAGUUGGCUUGGACCUGAACGGCUGCACUGUGUCAGACCAAGGAGUAAGGCUGAUACUGGGCUCUCUGAAGAAUGUCAGACAUCUUGGACCAUCCUCUGAUGAUUCAUCUGACCCCUCAAUGCUCUAUCAACUCUGGACAACUUUGCUGAGCAGUGAGACACAGAUGGAUUUCACCACUUUACUUGGUCUCCGUGGAAAGGAGUUGCACCUUCCAGUCCAGGGUGAAAGACGAGUGUUUGAGAGAGCAGAAGAAGUGAUGAAGCAGAGUCUAGAGAGGGUUAAUCUCUGUCUACACUGGGAUCAGAGAACUGUUCUCAGUGAAGCUCUCAGCAAAACCAUUUUAAAGUGUCUACCAAAUAUCAACAAGCUCAGGUUUACCCAUCUACAACAUCAGAGAGGAUCCCCUGAAAAACUGGAGACAGAAGAGAAAGCAGUCCUACUAGAUUUGUGUCUACAAGCAGCACUAGAUCACAGAGAAACAAUCCAUAGAACUGUGAACACACUGCUGUCACAGUUCUCUGUGUAUCAAACUGAGAGAUAUGACAUCCUGCUGGAUCUGUACUCUCAUGUGAAGUACAAUAGGAAUCAAACAGCCAGGAGUAUCCUUCCCUCAUUGAACCCACUUUAUCAGUCAGCUUCUGCAGUCUGGUCCAUAGACCUCUCAGAGAGAAAGGCCUCCCUCCUCCUAGAAGUGCUGAAACUCCAACCAGAGAAGAAACCAGUAGAGCUGAAGGGCUGGUCAGAUGAAGAGAGUGAAGUGAGGAGUUUCCUUCAGUGUCUGCCCUACAUCUCACAGCUGAGUUUUACUCCACCACAGGGUCAGAGAAGAUCCCCUGAAGAGAGGACAAAGAGAGAGAGGACAUUCCUACUGAAUCUGUGCCUUCAAGCAGCUCUCCAUGAGAGAGGAACCAUACAAACAACUGUAGAGAAAGUGUUGUCACUGUCUGAAGUAUAUCACAAUCAGAAAUGUGAUUUCCUGCUGGAUCUGUACUCACAUGUGAAGGACUAUGAGACUCAAACAGGCAGGAGUGUCCUUCCAGCAUUACUGCCAGUUUACCAGUCAGCUCCUGCAGUCUGGUCCAUAGACCUCUCAGAGAGAAAGGCUUCCCUCCUCCUAGAAGUGCUGAAACUCCAACCAGAGAAGAAACCAGUAGAGCUCAAAGGCUGGUCAGAUGAAGAGAGUGAAGUGAGGAGUUUCCUUCAGUGUCUGCCCUACAUCUCACAGCUGAGAUUUACUCCACCACAGGGUCAGAGAAGAUCCCCUGAAGAGAGGACAAAGAGAGAGAGGACAUUCCUACUGAAUCUGUGCCUUCAAGCAGCUCUCCAUGAGAGAGGAACCAUACAAACAACUGUAGAGAAAGUGUUGUCACUGUCUGAAGUAUAUCACAAUCAGAAAUGUAAUUUCCUGCUGGAUCUGUACUCACAUGUGAAGGACUAUGAGACUCAAACAGGCAGGAGUGUCCUUCCAGCAUUACAGCCAGUUUACCAGUCAGCUCCUGCAGUCUGGUCCAUAGACCUCUCAGAGAGAAAGGCCUCCCUCCUCCUAGAAGUGCUGAAACUCCAACCAGAGAGGAAACCAGUAGAGCUGAAGGGCUGGUCAGAUGAAGAGAGUGAAGUGAGGAGUGUCCUUCAGUGUUUGCCCUACAUCUCACAGCUGAGAUUUCCUCCGCUGAAGGAUAAUCUGGAGAGGACAAAGAGAGAGAAGACAUUCCUACUGAAUCUGUGUCUUCAAGCAGCUCUCCAUGAGAGAGGAACCAUACAAACAGCUGUAGAGAAAGUGUUGUCACUGUCUGAAGUUUAUAACAAUCAGAAAUGUGAUUUCCUGCUGGAUCUGUACUCGCAUGUGAAGGACUAUGAGACUCAAACAGGCAGGAGUGUCCUUCCAGUAUUACAGCCAGUUUACCAGUCAGCCAGUCCUGCAGUCUGGUCCAUAGACCUCAGAAAGAGAAACGUCUCCCCCCUCCUAGAAGUGCUGAAACUCCAACCAGAGAAGAAACCAGUAGAGCUGAAGGGCUGGUCAGAUGAAGAGAGUGAAGUGAGGAGUUUCCUUCAGUGUCUGCCCUACAUCUCACAGCUGAGGCUGAAUGUGGGUGUGGCAGUGAAACUGUCCAGACUGGUUAUGAGGAUAGAGAGAGGUGCUACUUCACUGACUGUCCCAGAACUCUCCUUGGUCCUAAAGAGCAGCCAGACACCAGAGAGAGUGUUAUCCAGGGCUCUGAGUAAUGUGGUGUCCCUUCUGAGACUCUGGAAGGUUCAGUGUCUGGACCUGACUGACCUCUGGAUCCAGGGUCACUCUCUCAUUGCACUGCUGUGUCACCAGGGACCUCUCUCUCUUAGACUAAACUCAGAAACUUUGCAGCAGCUGACUGUAGUUGUGUAUGAAGCUCAGGACAAGGAGUUGACUCAGUGGUUCCUAGAGAAGGUUGGUGGAGACCUGACCUCCUGCAGGAUGGACUGGGAAGUGCUUCUCUCUCUGCUGCAGCAUUCAACCCACAACAUCACUGUGGACCUCAGGAAGAACAGGCUUCUAGAGAAGAACAUCUCAGAUCUUCUCCCCUUUCUGGGAAGGGUUACUCUCAAGAGGUCCAGUUCCAGCUUUGUAAAGUCCACCAUCAGACAGAUCUAUGACAGAGCCAGUGAAUGUGUGUCCAGUUUGUUGAGUUCUUCAGACCAUUGGAUCAACCUGAACAGCAGAGAGCUGGACAGAGUGGACUGUACCGCUCUGUGUUUUACCCUGCAGCACAGCCACCAAGUCAAAGUCAACCUGCUGUGGACCUCCAUACCACCGGGGGAGAUAGAGAGCAUCCUGCCUCUUCUGGACAGAGUCUCCCAACUCAGUGUUGACAGGAGGUUACUGCUGAGUUUCCUCCAGUGCUGUGCUGCCUCUCAGUUCCAGCAGGGGGGACCAUCAUCACUACCAACAGCAGUAUGGCUGCUCAGGUCUCUGCACUUCAGGCUGGACUUCUCCUGCUCCUCCUCUGUGGACCUGUCAGUUCAGGACCAGGAGAAGGCUCUGUGUCUGACCACUGACCACUGCAGGGCCAUCCACUCUGUUCUGAAGCAGAACCAACACGGCACCCCGCUGGUUCAGAACCAGGUCCAGCUCAUCCUAAGAGACUGUGAGGUGGAGGACAGAGCACUGAGGGAGCUGCUUCCCAUCCUGCAUAUUGUCAAGCUGAGUCCCAGCAAAGCUCUGCUACUUCAGCUGCUGGACCUUGUGUGUGAGGGGAUUGAAGAGGGGCUGCUGAGGCACGCAGAGUCCCUAUGCAGAGCCCUGGAUGGGGAGCUGGACCUCAGUGAGACCAGGCUGGACCUGAAGGCCUGUGGAUCUCUGGCCCUGGUUCUGGAACACUCAGAGGGUCUGUCAAAACUGGACCUCAGCCACUGUCAACUCACAGACGACCAGCUACAGCCCCUGAUCACACACCUGCAUAAAGUACAAGUCCUCGACCUGAGCCACAAUGACAUCACUGAUGCUCUGACUGACAGAAUACUCCAACUGGUCUCUACCAACACUUCAAUACACACCAUACGACUCUUCAACAACAGAAUCAGGAACAGAACCGCUUUCCUGACAGACGAGAGGUUUGAGAUCUGAUUAAACAUCAGGUCUUCGCCCAGGAAGAGGAAGAGAUGGCUGUUAGGUCUUGGUCCAGGAAGAGGAAGAGAUGGCUGUUAGGUCUUGGUCCAGGAAGAGGAACAGAUGGCUGUCAGGUCUUGGUCCAGGAAGAGGAAGAGAUGGCUAUUAGGUAUUGGUCCAGGAAGAGGAAGAGAUGGCUGUUAGGUCUUAGUCCAAAUCAAAAUAAAAUGUUAUUGGUCACA